GAGCGCGCCGGGUGAUGGCGGCCGCGGUGCUGGAGCUGCUGUUGCGGGGAGAGCUGGCGGUGACCGAGACGCUGCUCUGGCUGCGGCCGCCUGACCAGGACGUUGAAUUGAGUGACAAGCUUUUGCUGUAUAACUCACAGCAGAAAGACUUUGUACCUUACCUUCUAAAUUUUUUGAGAGAACAGACAAACCAACUAAUACCAAACGGGCCACCUACUCCUGCAAAGACAUCCUCAGCCAAAGGACUGAAACCAGCAGUAUGUUUUCAGGAUGGGAACGAGAGUGGUAUGGCAGUAAGAAGGAUAAGUAAUUCACAGACCCCAAAAGGGCCUAAAGCACAGUUAUUCCCAGACACUCCAAAUAGUUCCUUCAACUCAAGUGCUUCUUUCCUGUCGCCUUCACCCAGUGGUUCCUCAUUCUUCUCAAAGUCCAAUAAUGAUUUGAACAGUGCAACUUCACCUGUUAGCCCUGACCUCAGCAGUAGCACAGCACAGCGCUCUGGGGAGCGACGGCUAACUCAAAGAGCCAACCUUGGCCAAUUCAUCGUUUAUACCGAAAGCCAGUUUCAGCGACGUGCUAGGAAGAAGAAUUUUGUCAAUGCUGGUCGCCAAGGAGCUAAGGACUCGGGAAAGAGCCCAACCGAAGAGGAUGGUAUGUCAUGGAAUGCCAGCAGGAGAAACACGGAGUGUAUCAACACUUCUCGGACUGCUACUCAGCUAAAUAUACAUAACCUGGAAGAAUUUCCUCCAGUGGGCGCAACUCCUUUGGGAAGUAAAACAAAACCAUCAAGAAGAAUUAAUCCUACUCCAGUCAGCACAGAGCGGCUGCAGUCCAGACCAAAGAAGUGUUUCACUUCCACUCCUCUGAGUCAACCAUUGUCCUCCAUGUACUCCACAGAAGCUACUUCUGAAACAUUUGGAGCUAGUUCAGAGGGAUUUAGCCCAACCGUAUCUCCCAGUAACCUGCAGGAAGAGCGGGAGAUGUUGAAAAUUGAAAGAUCCAAGUUGAUUCAACAGUCACCAGUUGUGGACCCAGCCACACCCAUUAAAGGCCAGUAUGGGAGAUCCUGCAGUGUUAUCUCUGACAGUUUUGUCGUGUGUGCUGAUGUCAGCAAAAUUUCUCAUCAAAGGCAAUUGAAUGUGCUGGCUCAGUUGUAUUCUGCCUGUAUCUCUGAAAAUUUAGUGCCAAACAUUUUUUUGGAGCUGUUCUUUCUGCUACAGCUGUUGACAUCCAGGAGAGGAACAUCAGUAGAUGAUUUGGUAAAUGACGUGGAAUAUGCUCCUGAGACUAAAUUUGUGGAUGUGCAGUAUUUCAGAAGUAUGCAUAAUUGCAUCUAUUUUGCUGUCAAAGUUCUGGAAAGACAGUUCACAAUCUUUCUUCCUCUUUGGGAUGAAAAUAUCCUGCAUUUUCCGAGGACCAUAAGGCUUCUUGGUGAGAAUGACCGAAUUGGCAAGUUCUCUCCCUCUUUACGUGAGCAGCUGACCCAUGCCUAUGAAGUCAGUACUGCCCAGGUAUCGCCUGCGGUCCCUUCACUUAUACAGUCUGUUCCAUUUGAGCCGGAAACUGACAAUCGAUCUAAUUUUACCAGUGACAAGGGGUUUCAAAAUUUUAAAAAACAAAGAGAUGUAUUUUAUGAGUUGCUGCGUGAAUGGGAGGACAAGCAUUCAAAUCCUGGUUGGGAGUUUGAGAGAGCAAUGGGUCUUCGAAUCAGGAACAUGAUGAUCAAUCUAAGUGCAGCGUGCAACCACAGUCACUUUGCACGAUUGUUUCAGAAACAAGUGAUAAGAAUGUGUAAAGGAUCAGUUGGAGCGAUCAGAGGCAGUGAGCAUCCUGAUCAAGAUGUGCUGGACAUGUUUGGAACGGACAACCUUACCAAACUGAAGAGGCUACAGGAACGCUUUGUUGUGCCACAGAAUAUUGGUGGGCCGUGUCCACCUCCAGUCUUCUCCGGUUGCCAAGUAUUCUUCAGAGAUUUUCUUUUGUGCGCCGGGAGCCAUCAGUUGAAUCAACACUUGUCAGAUACUUUGUGUCAGAUUUUGGAGCUGGAUAACAUAACGAUCCUUCGGCACAAGUCCUCAGGAGGAGAGGCAGAUAUGGAUGAACAGCUGAAUCCAGAUAUACCACUUAUAUACAUUGCAAAUGUAAAUGAUUAUCUGCAACAUAACGACAUUCUCCUGGUGAGGAACAUAGAGGACAGGACAGCAGAACCAAGAGAUUAUUUUGAAAUGAUAAAAUGUUGCUCUUGUUCAUCAAACAGAUGCUUUGUUCUAACAAGUGAAAAGAAGGAAAAUUACCUGAACAAGCUGCUGAUUCUUGCAGUACUCGGUUGGCUCUUCCAGAUUCCUGUAGUUCCUGAAGAAAUAUUCUUCAAUGAAGAGAAGAUUGAUGAAUUUGGAACCAAUGUAUCGGACCAAGCCUUAGAUUCUGUUCCAUUGGUUGACCAACAGCUGCUCUAUCUCUGUUGCCCAUACCUGAGUGAGUUACGCAAGUUGUUGGCUUCCUAUGUAGUUGGUAAUGGGAUAAAAAAUGGAGGAUAUAUGAGAAAGAUCACACCAACUUCAGCAGAGCCUGUAGUACCAGAUUCAUCACAGUCACAGCAGAAACUCCAGGCAGAGUUGGAGGAAGCCUUUUUUCAUAAUCAACCCCCCUCACUUCGCAAAACAGUGGAGUUUGUGGCUGAACGAGUUGGAUCUAAUUGUGUGAAGCAUAUUAAGGCAACGCUAGUGUCUGAGUUGGUCAGACGUGGGACAGCAAAGCUACACAGUGAAAUGAAGGACGAGGAGUCUAACCUCCCCAAACUGCUUGAAGCUGUAACACAUCAGCUCUGUGAAGAAGGCAGACAGUCAAUGGCCAAAGGAAAAGAAUUCUGUAGCAGAAAGGGACCUGAAGCAAUUCAAGUGCUGCUUCCAGGAGAGACAUCUGCCUCGGUGUUGAGGACAGCAGAAGAUAUAGCAACUCGCCUUGCAACGGAGAAAGCCUGCACGUGGCUGUCCACCAACAUCACAGUUUUAAUUAAGAAAGAAAUGACCCUCAGCUUUGAAAGACUGAAGAAAUCUCGAACCGUGCAAUCGGCAAAUGCAACUGAGGUUUCCGGAAUAACGGGUGGUUGCACGCCGGACUGUAAACACAAUGCACCCUCUCCUUCCAAGGUAGCCAGCGAGUUUAAGGAGCUGCUGAGUGUAACAUUGGGUCCCAGGAAUAGGGACGAAACAGUGGACCACCAGGAACUUGACAGUUUAUUAAGAAGAUUAAGCCAAACGCUGAAAUGUAGACAGUACAUCUGUCCGGUAAUUGAACAGGCCCUUGCCAAGUACACCGUGGAGCUCGCAUCUUUAUUAGUUGCAGGGGAAGUUCCAUUAUCUGAUCCUCCUGAGGAGAAUGACAGGGAAGAACCUUCUCAUUAUGCAUCUGUCCACCAAUUGCUCACAUUACUCCUUGCUUUGUGGAAGGACGAUUUCCGUGUUCGCGUACCCCUUCAGCUGAUGUUUAGUGAGAAGAACAUUGCCUAUACAGUGCGGACAGGAAAUCGAAAGUCACAGUGGAGUAAGCUCUCCUUCCUGCUUCACGGUCUCAUUAUGCAGGGGUUGAUGAAAGCUGUGGAGAUAGAGCGUUGCUGGAAAGACCUUUCACAACUGCACUGGCCCCAGGAUUUCAGAAGUGUGAUAGAAUCUGCACUUAAAAUGUGUUCAGAACUGCCAAAAACAGAUAAAGUGGAAGAACAGAAGGCAAAUGAGUCAAGAUAUAUUGAGUAAAGCACAGGCUUGGAUUGACAUAGAAAGAGGAAAGACGUGGUCUAUUUUUACAGUAUUUUACAAUUCAUGUGUAAUUUGUUUGUAUAUUUUAUUAAAAGUUAUCAGUUGGUAAAUUUAAUCAAAUAUUCAAAUGAAUAUUUUGUAGUUCACAUUGGACUAGGUAAUAAACGAACCACUUUUUUAAUUGUGUAA